AGCGUGAGUAGUCGCUCACCGGCCGCAGACACGCACGCGCGUUCACACGCCCUCGCCUCCACAGGAUAGCCGAUACAUUGAAAUGACCGGUUCUAAACGCGAAACAUUACCUUCCAUCUGUUCUGACACAGUGCUCGCUCCAGUGUAAUCAUUGUUUGGUGCUAUUCAGUGAGUGACGACGGGAAUGUACCAGAAGACGACCUGCCAACUUACACAAUGCCCCGAAUAACAUUAAAUUGGUACGAAGUAUGAACCACAUAGAAUUAAUGAACUCAAAUGUGAUGUAACACAGUGAAGACAAAAUGAAAAACAGUGAAGAGUGUUUAGACUCAUAAGAGACAUUAAUGGAAUCAGUGUGAUAUUUAUUUUAUAAAAAAAAUAAUAUAUUUAAUAUAGAUAUUGUGAAUAUAAUAGACAUUGUAAAUAUAAAGUGCACAAAGAAUAGUAUAGUUGAAACCGCUGUUUACUUCGGACUUCGUAGCCCGCGGACAAGAUAGAAGCGACGGUGGCAAUUGCAGGCAUGGGAAUCAAAGUCAUGAUGAAAGCUUUCAAUAAGCCUAAAGACAUCCCAUCACAGGUGCCGCCGCUCACGCCCGGCACCAACAAGAAGAUGGCUGAGGCGCUGAAAGCUACCUUCGCCUCCUGGGAGAAGGAACAGUUACGCCUCGGGGUGCCCAAAGACCCUCGUCAGUGGAGUGAGGCGGCUGUUGCUGCAUGGCUCCGUUGGGCGGCUCGUGAGUUCUCCCUAGAAGGCGUAGCUCUACAGCAGUUCGCGCGUGCUCAAGGCAAGGAUAUAUGCGCGAUGGGAAGAGAGGAAUUCGUGGCCAGAGCACCCGCUUUCAUGGGUGAUAUACUUUGGGAACACCUGGAGAUUCUACAAAAAGACGUGGAGAAGGAACGCUCUCUGCUGGCGAACGUGCCUCCCAAUAUGUAUGAAAGCAACGUCUGUCUGCCGGAACUGGCCGACUACAUCCCGCCGCCCGCCCACCACUACAACAACAAUAACAAUAAUACAGGCGGCUACACGACCGGCGGUCCGCGGGAAACGAACACCUACUACACGGAGGCGAGCGGGGGCGCAGCACCCCUCGCUCCCCCCGCCACCUCCCCCCUCGACGAGUACUACCAGCCGGAGUACCCGCCGGCGCCGGCGCAGCCCUACCUCGAGGACUACUAUCACCACGCGCACGCACACACACAACCGAUACUCACACACGAACACAAAUAUCAGCCGCAUUCAUACACCAAGCCUUAUCCCAGAACUGCCGGUCGGUACGGAGGUGAGGUUUAUGGUGAGGGAUACUCCACGGAGUACGGAGGAUGUGCUGAGUGGGCCGAGUGGCCGGAGCAACACGCGCUGCCCCAGGACAAGCUGCCCUACCCCGCGGCCGGACCCUGCUUCACUGGUUCAGGGCCGAUCCAGCUGUGGCAGUUCCUGCUGGAGCUCCUUACAGACAAGAGCUGUCAGGGGUUCAUCUCAUGGACCGGGGAUGGAUGGGAAUUCAAACUCACCGACCCUGAUGAGGUGGCUCGUCGUUGGGGGAUCCGCAAGAACAAGCCCAAGAUGAACUACGAGAAGCUGUCCCGCGGUCUACGAUACUACUACGACAAGAACAUCAUACACAAGACGGCCGGCAAGCGCUACGUCUACCGCUUCGUCUGCGAUCUGCAGAACCUGCUCGGCAUCUCCCCGGAGCAGUUGCACGCGAUGUACGAGCCCAAAACUGAGAAGAAGGACGACGACUGAACCCGACUUGAUCACUCUACAUAAGAUAUUAUUUAGCUAAUACGGAAUCAUAACUCACUUCCUACUAACAAUUCCCGCCCCCUUCAGACACGGCCACCACACACAAACAAUAUUAACAUGGAACCUGCCGUAUUAAUGAUGAUGUCAUUAAAUUGUCGGAUUUGAUCUCACGCACAGCCAGUGGAACUAAUUUAAUUAUUAACAUCGUUCUAAAACACAUUAACAACGCGAACACAUUAUUUUAAGUACAAGAUGUAACCAACGGUGCCUUAACACUCACAGACUGUCAUGUCAUAUAUAUUGUUUUUAUUACACCAGUUAUUAUCCAAGUCCAUUUAAAAAAUAUAUAUUAAUAAUCUUUCAUACAGCGCCAGUAUUACGGAGCCCGUCAAAUGACGUCAAAUUAAUGAGAUUAAAAAUCACAUUCAGGAGCCGCGCCAUCUCUCGUGUAAACCCGGCCUUAUUUUCUUUCAUCGCUUUACAAUUCUUGUGUCUUACUCCUUAAAUAGUGAUAUCAGUUUAAAAAAAUAGAAUUAAUAGUAAAAAUUUCUGCUAUCAUUUUAAUAAUACUGUAAAUAUAAGUUAAUUUUUUUUGUUACUUUAUAAAAAAAAAAUAAUUAGGUAUUAUAUUAUACUAGGUAUUAAGUGUUGUAUGUUUGAUACGCAGAUUGUUGCAAUGUGCGAUUAAAUAAAUGCAUAGUUAGAAAUGACGGACAGAUAAAUCUAUUUAACUACAAAAGUCCAAAGAUUUUUACAAACAAAAAAAAAAGGAACUAUUCGCCCACCAAUUGGUUAAAGGUAGUACUGUGGAAUCUGAGCGAUUUCUGUAUGUCGAACACCGGGUGACGUCACUCACUGAUCUCGUGGUAGGGAUUGUCUUACUAGUUAUGAAAUUAAUUAAUUAUAUUAUCAUUUUUUAUAGCUCCUAGCAUACACCGAAGAUAUUUCGAUAAGUUUUAUUAUUUGAAUUCCAUCAAUAUUUUACAUCAAACUUCCUUUCUCUGUUCGGUGCUGUGUAUAUUAUAAGGAUGUCUUCCCGCGUUUUAAUGAAAAAAAAAAUAUCUAUAAUAAUUAAUUAAUGUAUAAAAAUGGUUUCUGAACGUUUCUAUUGUAUUAUUAUUGAUGUAACCACCUGUCAGUGUUGUAUGUAUUGAUGGAAGAUAUAAAAUUAAAUAUAUAUAUUUACGAAAUCA